AUGCGCACAUCUCUAUUAAUAUACAGCAUGAUAGUCGCUACAGCGAGCGUCUCUGUAGUCGAUACGAAUUUCAUGGACGAGAGGGACAGGCUGGCCAAGGACUGGACUGGGAGGGGAGGCGAUCCAGCAGAAAAAUAUUUUCAUGAAUCUUCAUUCAGCGGCCAUUAUGAUGGUCGUUACACCGACCAGGCCCUCGAUCACGAGGACCAAAUUGCGCAUCUAUCAACCCUAAUCAGAACAUAUCUGUCAUUCAUGCACGAGCUCAAUGUAGAAACCUGGAUUAUGCACGGCACAUUACUAGCAUGGUGGUGGAAUCAAAAAAUAUUCCCCUGGGACGACGACCUGGACGUCCAAGUCUCAGAACCAGGCAUCCACUUCCUCGCCGAAAAAUACAACAUGACCGAACACUUAUUCGACAUCCCUGGCGUCGGUGAACGCAAAUACGUUCUCGACAUCAACCCUCACUACAUUGUCCGCACAACCUUGGACAAGGAAAACGUCAUUGACGGCCGAUGGAUCGAUACAUCCAGCGGACUGUUCAUUGAUAUCACCGCCGUGCGCGCAGACGAUUCCCGACGCGCGCAAGGCGACAAGGGCGCAUUGAUGUGCAAGGACUCGCACCGUUUCCAGGAAAACGAUAUCUUCCCCUUGAGACGGACCUUCUUUGAGGGUGUCCCGGCCAAAGUGCCGUAUGCUUAUACGAAGCUGUUGGCGGAUGAAUAUGGACAAAGGUCCAUGACCAACGCACGAUUUAACGGAUACACCUUUUCCGAAGAAGUUCAACAAUGGGUGGAUACUUCGGAAGUCGAAAACGUCGUCGAAGAAUACGAAGAACAACCUGAACAACAGGAAGCAAAAGAGAAAGUCAAAAUUGGCAACUUUAUCCAACACACCAAGAAGCCGACAUAA